AUGAAGGCGAUCAAGGAAUUUGAGAAUUUUGGUUUCUUGGACUGGAGGUUAAACUGCACCAACAUUAUUCUCAUACCUGAAUGUGAUGGAAUAGUUUGCGUGAACCAAUAUAGACCAAUAAAACUUAUUGGUGGUGUAUACAAGAUUAUUUUAAAGCUUUCGUCUAAUAGGCUUAAGUUAAUCCUUCCUUCUUUGAUCACUGAUUUUCAAGGAGCUUUUGUGGAUGGGAGACAAAUAACUGAUAGGAUUUUAAUUGCAGCUGAACUCAUUGAUGCAAGUGAAAGAUCUCAAAUUCCACGUAUUGCAGUUAAAGCGGAUCUUGAAAAAGCUUCAAGUUUAUUUAGAAAUGGUAAGGAUGUCAGACAAGGUGACCCUAUUUCACCAUUUUUGUUCAUUAUGGUUGCUGAAAUUCUUUCUCUUAUGAUUAAAAAAGAUGUUUCUAUGGAUCUUAUUUCUGGUUUCAAGCCUGCUCCUAAAGGUAUUGUGAUUAAUCACCUUCAGUUUGCUGAUGAUCUUAUAGUGUUCAUUGAUGACAAGACUGAGCAAACUUCAAAUCUGAAAAAUAUCUUAUUUUCUUUUGAGCUCAUUUUUGGGCUUAGAGUAAAUUUUAAGAAAAGCGUUGUGGUGCCUGUGGGUGAGGCUCAAAAUGCAAGAGAAUGUGCUGAUUUAUUUGGUUGUUCUUAUGUUAGUUUCCCUAUUAAUUACUUGGGAAUUCCUUUGGGCAGUAAGUCAAAGGAUUCUUCUGUAUGA